GUACAAAUAUUUAAUGUUUUAAAGUUAAAGUUAAAUCUUACUUGAGUUUGAUUUUUAAUAAAAAUAAUUUUUGAUUAGAUUUUUAAUGAAGAUUCCUUAUAAAAUGGAAGGGUCAAGACACAUGAUAUAACGUUACAGCAAUUCAAUGAGAUUGAUUGGCAUUGUUGAAUAAGUUUUGUAUUUGACAUCAUAGCCAACGAACGGGGACCUCUCGUUUCUUUCUCUUCUUUCGCAUUCUCCUAUCUGUUGUUUGUUUCACUCUCAUGGACCGUCGUAAAGAGAAAAAUGGUCCAUGGUUAUCGGUGCCACAAUUUGGGGACUGGGAUCAGAAGGGCCAAGUGCCGGACUACUCACUUGAUUUCUCAAAGAUCCGGGAAACUAGGAAGCAGAACAAGACAAAUAUAUCCAGGGCUAGCCUUGGCAAUGAAGAAGAGUUCAUGGAUUCGACAACCUCCAGCAGCGUCAACACUGGCCACAGCAGUGAGCACCCUCAACCGCACUACCAUCAAACCAACUCUCCAACUGCAAGGAAGAGCUUCCUCAGCUACUUCAAUUGUUGUGUGAAAGCCUAACAUUUAAGGGCAAGUGCAAUCUUUCGCUAGUUUUCUGAAGAUUAUGGAUAGGAAUAGCUAUGCUUCUCUGUUCAUUUGGUGAUAAAUAUUAAAUACUUAUUACCUAUUGAUCUUGAUUAUGGAUAGGAAUAGCUAUGCUCCUCUGUUACUUCUUAUGGUAGCUAAAAAUUUGGUUAAUCAAACUACAGGUAAAGAUGGUAACCAUUAAACGGCGCUCAUGAGUUUUGACCAAAAAACUUGUAAAAACACGAUAAAUAUUUUCCAUUUUAUCACUCUUCCAAUCUUAUUCUUAAAUUAAA